ACCAACCGUGUUUGAAAAAAUGACACAAAAUUAGAAAUUUUUCAGAUGCAAACAUGUCGCAUCUGAAAAAUAAAAGGAAGCCACAGAUCCUGGGCUCAUCUGAUUCUCAGGAGAAGGCAGCAGCAGGGAGAGUUUCCUGAUUUAAUCCAGGAGUUGAAGCUGUAUCACAAAUGCACGGGUCUGAUUGGUCAGAUUUGUUUAUUUGCAGGUAAAGAAACAAGAAAAGUGAGCUUGGUCAGAAAAAAUAAAUUGCCUAAAUUCUUCCUGCAAAGUUACACAGUCAAAAACAGUCAAGCAGCAAAUUGAUCAAAACCAAGACAACCAAAACGAGGAUAAACAAUUAAUUCUUAUAAGACUUUAUCUGUUUGUUUGUUUGUUAUAACAGUAGUUUUUCAGAAGUGUGGAUGUGGUAAACAUUAAAAAAAAUGUUUUUACAGCUGUAUGAUGUCGCUUAGACUGACAGGUGGGUUAUGAGGAGCAAAUGUAACCAAAACUUAAAAAAAUGCUGCACAGAGCAAAAUAUCCAACUACUAAAUAGAAUAAGAAUAAACCAGAGGGAGAUGACAUGAUGGUACUCAGGCACAGGUGAAGUCAAUCAUGGAUUACCAAAAGUAGGAAAAACCCCAAAACAAAGGAGGGAAGUAAACUGAAGCAUGGACAAAGGACAAACCCAGACAGGAUGAUCUGGUGUUGAUGGGAUCAGCCACCAGGGUCACGUUCACCAUAAGCUCUGAGAGCAUUUUUCUUUCUACUAUAACUGAAAAAGAAGCUUCAUGAAGUUAUGAAUGAAUGACGUUAGCCCUCCGUCUGGAUCAGAAAACCUGGACCAUCUCAGGGCAAAACCACUUUGUGGAUGCACAUGAAGCCGAGCUGAUCCACAGAGUGAGCAACAUCGAACCGAUUCUGGAUGACCUAAAAGGAAAAAUCAUCCAACAAGAAGCUUAUGAUAAAACCAGAGCUCUGCAGACCUCUCAGGAGAAGAUGAGGAAGCUCUACAGCGGCCCUCUGAAAGCUGGCGAUGCCUCCAAAGAAGCCUUCUACCAAAUCCUCAAGAAACAUGAGAAGAUGCUCAUUGAGGCCAGGGUCUCCUUUAUGAUCACAGAGUAACUGAGCUGAUGUUUGUAACUUACAGGUCUAUCAACCCCGUGGCUGUUAGACUGCAUCAACACUGCACCUGUCCCCAGAAUAGCUUCCUCACACAGGGUGCAGCCAACAUCAGAGCACCACACAGAAGGGUCCGCUAACUGAGGAACUGCGGAGUGCUCCGGAGGCAUCUACCAGCGACCCCCGCUCCCAGAUCUCGCCCACAGUGGAAACGUCUCAGGUGGUGCAAGAGGAAACAGAAGAGGGGUAAGCGUGGAGGCAUCCGGAGCAGGCUAGCAGCUGAUUUUUUUUUUUUUUCACAUUUUUGUGCCUUCUGCAGAGGCACCGUUGAGAGCAUCCUCACCAGCUGCAUCACUGUGUGGUCUGGCUCCUGCACUGGGUCCUGCCAGAAAAAGUUAUAAUGAGGAUCGUGGGUACUUCCCCUCCCUCCCUCCAGAACACCUACUCCACCCGCCUCAGCUCUCUGCAUUACAGGUGACUCCACUCAUCCGUCCAGCAGCUUCUUCAGUUUGCUGCCAUCAGGAAGGAGACUGAAGAGCCUCGGGGCCGCAGACUGAGAGACAACUUCAUCCAUCAGUCGGGAUGCUGAAUUCACUCCCUGCUCUCACACACACAAACUCCAGACCUGCAUCCACCUCUGAACCCCCCAAACAUACAAACUCUGAACCUCCACCAUCGGCCUUUCACUGACUGCCCCACCUCCACAUGCACAUGAACUCUUGCCCACAAACACUGUUGGACUCUGCUGUUUAUGUAAGAUUGUAUUGUAUUGAACAUAAGACUUUUAUUUUAUUUUCAUCUUUAAGUUGUUCAUUGUACACUGAGUGCUGUGGGAGCAUUGCAACUUC